AUGGUGAAAGGACUGUCAGACCCCGAUGAUAACCCCCAAUUACCGUUGCAUGGAUGGCCCGAACUUGCACAGCUAAUCAACAAAAAUCCCGAUCUAGAAGCCUUCCAGCCGUUCAGAGAGCUUCAUAUAAAAAGUCUACUCUACUACCAGGCCGAGCUAGAUGGAUUGAAAAGCAGUCUCCAUGACACCGAGUGGAACGAUCAUCGAUACGGGGAGUUUGGACAGGCAGGAAACCUCGGCAAGAGGGUAGACCAACUGCUUGACUGUGAGCACAACGAGACUGAGGAAGGGCGCUAUCAGCUGGACUUGAUAAAGAAAAUUCGCCAAGUUCUUAAAGAAUAUAGUGAGGCUCUUCUCUACAAAGAGAUAUCCGCCCUCCCACAAGCCGACAAGCUUAAUAAGAAGGAUGCGCCAGCCUCCCUCGCACGGCAAUUUGGCCACCUCCUACUCAGUAUAUUCUGGACCAAGAAAAUUAAGAAAGGGGAGGGAGACGACCUAGAUCUUAUCGUUCCUCGCUAUGACCACAAAGUUGACGGCUUGACCCAAUGGGUCGCCAGCGAAGGCGUGCCAUUUUGGGAGAGCGUCCAUGAGAGCAUCCGGGAGCGCUGGAAAGGCAAUAAGAGGAAAAUGUGUCUACCAUUCUUUGAGAGCACAGCGACGCCGGAUUCCGCCCAAGAGAAACGUAGAAACCCGGAAGAUAUAGAGCCGACACUUACCAAGUACAGCGAACAUAGCAUUCUCCAGUUCACCUCUGUUGUCGCAACUAUCCUUGCGUGUCUCUUACCUACCGCAGCCAUAGCUGUGCUCUCCAAUAUGCACACUACAGGAAAGCUGCUAGGCCUCAUUGCUGGCUUUACUACGGCCUUUGCGCUGGGCCUUAUGAUGCUGACGGAUGCUGGGACCUCGAGGGUACAGAUAUUUACUGCUACUGCUGCCUUCUCUGCUGUUCUGGUUGUCUUUGUCCAGAACCAAAACCAAUCAGGACAGACGGCUAAUUGA